GAUGUAAUGUGUUUGAAUGACGGGAUGUGGAGGAACACUGAUGUCAAGCAACGGCUCGAAGCGUAUAAAUAGAAUAUCCCUCCCGAUAUCUAGCCACUACCAACCCACAAUAUCCAACAUGCCUGAGGGCGGUCAAUCACCUCCUCCCGAGCGGUCUACGGGCAAGCAGUUGCACGAUGUCCCCGCGUCCGGCAAGGGAACGGACGAUGCGUCACACAAGGAAGAUGUCAACAAGGUGGCUCUGGAGCAUUUGACAUCAAAUCCGAGGGGCCCUAUGGAGGACGAACUUGAGAGGAAAUUCGACAAACACGAACAUGCUAAGCCAAGCGCUUCAGUUUGAAUUGCGUUUGGCCGUGAUUCAGGUUUGUUAAUGUUAGCGGCAUUGCAGAGUUUGAAAUGAGAUAUGCUUCGACACGAGUAGGGUAGAAUGAAAUUUAUGGUUAUACAACUAUACUGAGUAGUCUAGGGU